AUCCAUUUUAUAGUUUGAAUGACUUAUUAUUCCCAUUGACCGUACCGCUGUACUCCUCCUCCCCUCCUCCGCCGUACUCCACUUUCCGGCGUCAUCUCCGCCACAUAUCCGAUGCUAACAAUCUAAAUCACACGUCUCCAUCUCUAAUUUCCACCACACGAUGUCGGUUCACGAUCAAGCAGCUGUCGCAGUUCUCUCGCAAGUAGCCCUAGCCGCUGACGGUGCAGUUCUCGGUCUAGCGUUAUCGUACAUUGCAGUCCGCAGCGUCAUCAAGUACAAGACGACGUCUUUUGCCUUGAACAAAGUGAAGAAAGCACCUUCGGUCAGCGUUUCCGAUCUCCGUUCUGUUCUCUCUAAUUCUUCCGAACAUGAUGCCGAUACGAGUAGUUCGAGUGAUGAGAAGCUCGUGAUUGUUAGAGGCGUUGUGGAGACGAAGUCUGCUGUUAAUGGAAACUGGAAGAAACAGAAUAUUUUGGUGUCUCAUGAGUCGAAUGAGAAGGCGGUUAUCUUGCAGAGGACUCAAACGUGUAUAUACAACGAAUGGAGAGGAUUUUUUGGAUGGACUUCAGAUUUUCGUUCCUUGUUUGCAAGACACUGGAAACAGCAAGAAACUUCAUCACUAAGAACGAUUCCUUUUAUCCUUGUUGAUGGGGGACAUUGGCCACAAUCUGAUUAUCUGACUGUAAACUUGGAUGGCUCAAAGCAUCCUUUACCUCUUACAACUGUAUACCACAAUUUGCAGCCCAUUAGUGCUUCUCCUUACACCUUCCUCCAGGCAUUUUUCGGUCACGAGUAUCCCGUUGGGCUUCUUGAUGAAGAGAAAAUUCUACCAGUCGGAAAGGAAAUCACUGCAGUUGGUCUAGUCAGCUUGAAAAAUGGAACUCCUGAAGUGUCGGCAUGCAAUGAUCUACCUUUUUUCCUAUCAAAUAUGAACAAAGCUCAAAUGGUAAUGGAACUUGACUUUAGGACAAAAGUUUUGUUUUGGAGUGGAAUUGUUGUCGGCUCACUAGCAACUGGUAUCCUCGGCUAUGCUAUCGUAAGGAACUGGAACAGAUUUAAAGAAUGGAGACAGCGAAGGCAGAUUCAGCGGCAAAAUGCUGCAGAGGAAAAUAAUGAAGCCGAAGCUGAUGUGGCAGCAGAAGAGGAUAUCGGUGAAGUUCCAGAAGGGCAGUUGUGUGUGAUCUGCUUGAUGAGACAACGACGGUCUGCAUUUGUACCUUGUGGGCAUUUAGUCUGUUGUCCACGAUGCGCACUUUCAGUUGAGCGGGAUUUGUCUCCCAAAUGCCCGGUUUGCAGACAGACGAUUCACAGUUCGGUCAGGAUAUAUGAAUCUUGAGGCAUGAUUAGGUUUUGGUUUGGGGUUUGAGGUGGUUAUAGUCGGGUGAAAAAAGAAUGUAGAUAUGUGCAUACUCUAUAACUCUAUUGGUGAUGGGUUUUGGACUUUCUUUGAUGUAUAAAUAUUGCAUUAGAUCAAUAGCUAAAUUUCACUUUUAGCUCUUGAGAUACA